GCUCCACCAGAGAAGGAAGCGGAGUUUCCGGCUGUUUGCAGCGGAGGGAGAGGAUUGCUGACGCCGCGAAACCCCGAGAAAAACGCCGCCGGCUCGGGGGGGCUAACCGUUUCUAGUACCGGUAGUGGUCGUUUUUCUUUCAUAUUGGGGGACCUGGGGGCUGGUGUUUUUUUUACGAGCCGAGGGGGUCGGACAGCAAACCGAGCAAAGAAGCGGCACAAGGCGGGGGUGAGCCACCAGCUACCGGCAUGGCCAGGGACUACGAUUACCUCUUCAAGCUGCUCAUCAUCGGUGACAGCGGAGUGGGGAAGAGCAGUCUCCUCCUGCGAUUUGCAGACAACACAUUUUCAGGUAGCUAUAUCACCACGAUCGGCGUGGACUUUAAGAUCCGGACAGUGGAGAUAAACGGGGAGAAGGUGAAGCUACAGAUCUGGGAUACAGCAGGGCAGGAGCGCUUCCGUACCAUCACCUCCACAUAUUACAGGGGAACGCAUGGGGUCAUAGUGGUAUAUGACGUCACGAGUGCCGAGUCCUUCGUCAACGUCAAACGAUGGCUACAUGAAAUCAACCAGAACUGUGAUGACGUGUGCCGAAUAUUAGUGGGAAACAAAAACGACGACCCCAACUCCAAGGUGGUCGAGACGACUGACGCGCAGAAGUUUGCAGAGCAGAUGGGCAUAAACCUGUUUGAGACGAGUGCAAAAGAGAACAUCAAUGUUGAAGAGAUGUUCAACUGCAUCACAGAGCUAGUUCUAAGAGCCAAGAAGGAGGUGCUCGCCAAGCAGCAGCAGCAGCAACAGAACGACGUGGUCAAACUUACCCGGAACAGUAAAAAAAAGAAAAAGUGCUGCUAGCAAACUCGAAGCCAUCCACAAAAGGCCGGCGGCGUCUUUUCUUUACACAUGCAUAUACACAAGACGGGACUCAGAGCAUCUAAAUUAAAGAGCAGAUAAAGAUUUAAUAAAUAUAUGGUGAAAGAUAAAAAAAAUAAAUGGAAAAAAUGUCCCCUUUGGACAAACUAAUCAUGAAGACUUCAAAAAAAAGUGUACAGAUUUUAUUAGACGUCAGAUCAAGUUUUAUUUGGAAUUCAGCAGACGGGCACUAUUGACCUGAGGUCCUCCUUUCUUAAAGGAUCUGCGAGCCGACAACUGACCGCCAUAACGCUCCGAUUUAUAUCCACAUAGCCCCCAAGUUCAGUAUCUCAUCUCUCCUUCUCAUUCCACUGCACACGGGACAUUCAGAGUCGAGAAGGACUCUGCGCCUGAGGAGGAGGCUUCACCUGUUUUUUUUUCUGGAUUUCUUUGUUUCUCUAGUUUAAUUUUAUGGGGGGAUGGGAGGGGGGGUGUUUGCUUGGUUGGGAGGUGUAUUUUUUUGGAACGGGCGUAAGAGUGGUCUCACCACCUCUGUGCAGUUUCAACAUUUCAGACACGGUGGCUCACGCCAACACAUCAUGAACUGCUAGGUUUUGUUUUAUUUGACUUGUUGGGGGAGAAAAAAAUCACACAGAUGAUGAUGAUGAUGAUGGUGAUGAUGAUGAUGAUGAUUGGUAGACAACCUUUAGCAACUAAUCCGAUGGACAGAACUGGUGACUUUUCAUGUUUUUCUUUGUCUUUUUAUUUUGCCAAGCUUCCCACCUUCUCCCCUCUAACCUCCAAUAGUGCUGAGCCAACGAUGAUUGAUUUUAUUUUUUUGUCUCUUUUUUUUUUUUUUUUUUUUUUAAGUGCGGCAGAGCAGUGGGAGCGGGCUCUGAAAGCACCGUUCACUGCAGUCUUACUACGCUUUCUGGCUUUUAAACCUUUUUUUUUUUCCAUCUCAAUUUUUUUUUAAACAAUGAUACUGCCAAUAUUAUAGAAAAAAAAAUAUUAGGAGCUCCAGUGGCACCUCUCAUUUGGACUGUUGCCAUAGUGGCCCCUGGUCGGCCAUGAGGCAGAAUCAGGGACCCUGUUGAGUCCUCAGGAAGCGCUCAGGGCUGCCCUCCCUCCCUCUCCUUAUUUCACCUGUGUAUUUCUGCAGCCACUGGCCUUCUCUCCACCCCGACGCCCACAUAUCGGCACCUCUCACGAGCGACGGACUCCUGCAUCCGGUCCGCCUAAGCGGCACGAGGGGGCUCUGGAAACUGGCUCCUCGUAGUCGCCGUGCUUCAUAGCAGACUGUGGUUUUUGCCCUUGUGUUCGAGCAUGUAACACUUUGUUUGCAGGGGUAUGUAAAAACGCCUGACAUGCAUUUAGACUGUCAAGGAUUUACUGUAUUUUCUCAGCUCGCAGAAUAUUCUUAACAGUUGACUAAAAGUCCGAUGUCGUGUUUUUCUUUGCUUUUUCUCUGUCACAACGUCCCCUCGCUCAAUUUGAAGUGCAACCAGACAGUGUUUUUGGCAUCCACGAUGAGAGUGUGGCAGACAGUGGGACUGUUAACAAACGGGGGCGAACUGCAGCACUGGAUCUCAGUGUGUUUCGGGCCUGAGCUCCCUCUCCACGUGCACCGCCAGGGUUUGUCAGAGGCCGAAGCGUCGCACAGUGUCUACCGCUGACAUCUUUGUUUCUUUAUUUUUGAAUUGGGAGAGUAAAACACAGAGAGAGCCGUAGGCAUUGGCUGAGCUUCAGUGGGAAACAUUUCCUCCUCUGGGCAGACUCUGGCAGCCGGUUUGGGAUCCUGAUACGCGUCGAGAGGUCACUGUGACCUCCAGGGCCUAGGAGUGGUAUCAAAUCUCACACCUUAUGAUUUAUAUUCAUUACGUGUCUGUAUAUAUAAAUAUAUUUGUGUGUUUAUAUUCAGUAAAGAACAUACACACAUAAUUAGCACACCCAAAACGGUGCCAUGUGUCAAACGGGCCCCGUGUGCUAUGGUUGAAACACACUCGUCAGCUGUGGUUUGCUGUACACUGGAGAAAAAAAAGAGAUGUACUAUUCAUUUUUUUUUCCCUACAUGAAUUUAAUCAGUAAUAAACGUUUUAAAGGAAUAAAUAUUUGACACAUAAUGGCUGAUCUCAUGUGUCAAUGAUUGGUCUUAACUUCAUUUUAAACCUGUGUCUUUUUAUUUUAUUUUUUGCUUUCUGUGAAUAAAAUUGUAUGGGAGGAAGUGUG